GACCUACGAGUCUGGCCGUGGCCUUUCUUGAUAGCCUGAAGGCGGGAAAUCUCGGGGCUCGCCAGGAGGGCCGCGGCGGGGGCGACGAUUAAUUACGUUUCUGCCUCCUCGCAUCCCGUUCAUAGAAUCAAAGAAAACAUUUGAGGAGCAGGGCUGCCCUCUGAUUGCCAGGGGUUAUGGCAGGGGGAAGAAGGGGACCUAACCGGACAUCCUACUGCCGCAAUCCUCUCUGUGAAACUGGAGCUCCUGGUGGUGCCAGCCACUCCACAACUUCUUCAGUCACUAGUGUGCGUUCACGUACCAGGAGCGGUUCAGGGACAGGUCUUUCCAGCCCUCCUUUGGCCACCCAAACAGUGGUUCCCCUCCAGCAUUGCAAGAUCCCAGAACUUCCCAUUGAGAGGAGCAUCUUGUUUGAACUCCAGCUCUUCUUCUGUCAUCUUAUUGCUCUCUUUGUCCACUACAUAAACAUCUACAAAACAGUCUGGUGGUACCCACCAUCUCACCCUCCCUCCCAUACUUCAUUGAAUUUUCAUCUCAUUGAUUUCAAUGUUCUGGCAGUGACAACGAUUGUUCUGGCAAGAAGAUUGAUAAUUGCUAUUGUGAAGGAAGUGAAAGAGGCUUCUCAUACGGGAAAGGUCUCUUUGCCACGCUCCAUCUUCCUUGUCACUAUGCGCUUUGCUGUCCUAACUGGUGCAGGCUGGAGCCUGUGCCAAUCUAUUAUCCACCUCUUCAGAUCAUACUCGCUCCUCAACCUCUUGUUCCUAUGUUAUCCGUUUGGCAUGUACAUCCCCUUCCUGCAACUAAACUGCGAUUUUCGUAAGAGCGGCUUCUUCUCUCCUGUGGCCAGCAUUGGCCCUCGUGACACAGGAGAUGUCAGCUUGCGGGGAAAGGACUACCUCUCUGUUCUCAAGGAGACUUGGAAGCAGCACACUCGGCAGCUCUACAGCAUGGAGACUAUGCCCACCCAUGCCUGCUGUCUCUCCCCAGAUCUGAUCCGCAAUGAAGUGGAGUAUCUGAAAGUGGAUUUCAACUGGCGCAUGAAGGAGGUGCUGCUAAGCUCCAUGCUCAGUGCCUAUUAUGUGGCCUUUGUACCAGUGUGGUUUGUGAAGAGCACGCAGUAUUACGACAAGCAGUGGUCUUGCGAGUUGUUCCUGUUGGUCUCCAUCAGCACGUCCGUCAUCCUCAUGCAGCACCUGCUGCCUGCCCGUUACUGCGACCUCCUGCAUAAAGCUGCCGCACAUCUGGGCUGCUGGCAGAAGGUCGACCCUUCUCUUUGCUCCAAUGUGCUGCAGCAUCAGUGGACGGACGAAUGUCUGUGGCCACAGGGGGUGCUAGUGAAACACAGCAAAAACGUCUACAAAGCGGUGGGCCACUCCAACGUGGCAGUGCCUUCGGAUGUCUCCCACUUCCGCUUUCACUUUUUUUUCAGCAAGCCUCUGCGGAUCUUGAACAUCCUGCUCCUCCUCGAGGGGGCUGUCAUCUUCUAUCAGCUCUACUCACUGGUGGUCUCUGAGAAAUGGCACCAGACCAUCUCGCUGGCCCUGAUUCUCUUCAGCAACUACUAUGCUUUCUUCAAACUUCUGCGGGAUCGCUUGGUGCUGGGGAAGGCUUACUCAUACUCUGCCACCAGAGAGACUGAUCUGAAGCUGAACUGAGGGCGAGUUGCAGAAGGUAACGGAGAACAGCAGCUCCGAGCAUUGUUGAGGGCUACCCGAGACUGCAUCGAGGGGCCCCUCAGCUGCCUGCCCUGCCCUACAGGAGAAGCGUUUCCUCACUGGGUCACGGAGCAUGCUGGAGCACGGGGCUUGAGAAUCAUGCAGUCAGGCCGGCCCUGAGCUUUGUAUGUCUUUUUUACCAUUUCUUUUGGUUUGGUUUUGCUUUGGUAAGGAAAAUAUCUUAUUUUUAUACUCUCAAUUUCUGUCAGCCUGUUUUGUGGAGCAGUAAGAGCUGUAACAACCA